ACCUAAGAGAAAGCAAAAAUAAAGAAAAAGAAAUCAGGAAAAAAGUCAGGCUUUUAACAGCAAGUUUCAAAGUUAACAAUAACUAAUGAAUUUAUUAAACAGGAGUACAUUUCACACAUGUUUCCACCCUCAGAGUUGCCCUUUUUAGCAACCUUCCUCCCUUCUAGAGAAGAGCUUAGGGAUGGGGACCCAAAAACUGAGCCCUUCUGUGGAACAAUGGGGAGUAAGCAGGGAAUAUGGCCCUUUCUUUCUUAGCCCUGAAGCCCCCAUAUUUCUCCAGGUACAUAAUUACAUAAUAAAAUAUCCCAAACACAGCUAUUUAGCAUUUGCUCCUACACUUCUUUUGGAAAAUGUUGAAAGAAGCUUUUUUUAAUAGACUUACAGAAUUUCACAGUUUGAAGAAUCCUUAGAGAUCAUUCCAUUCAAACUCUCUACAUUAUAGAUAAGAAAACGGGUCCUCAUGGUGAAAAUUGACUUACCCAGAGUCAUCUCACAGCAAGGUAGUGACAAGAAAAGGACUUGAAACUGAAAAAAGCUAACGUGUUAAGAGCUUUCCUUCUGAGAACAGGUUCUGAUUGAUAGGAAGGCUGGCAGGGAACAAAAUGACACAUCAAUCUGAAAGUAUUAUGGAAGGAAAUUUGAGAGGUGUUUCUCAGAAGCCUCUUGAGAUCUGCCACUUCUAUCCUAGCUUCCAGAUGGGUGGGCUAUCUAUGUCUGCUUUCUUCCUCUGUUUCUCCUCUUCAGGCCAUCCCAUCCUGGAAGCACCUGAGAGUGUGACAGGGCCUUGGAAAGGGGAUGUAAAUAUUCCAUGCACCUAUGGUCCUCUGCAAGGUUACACUCAAGUCUUGGUAAAGUGGCUGGUACAACGUGACUUGGACCCAGUCACCAUAUUUCUACAUGAUUCCUCUGGAGACCAUAUCCAGCAAGCAAAGUACCGAGGCCGCCUACAAGUGAGCCACAAGGUUCCAGGAGAUGUGUCCCUCCAACUGAAUACCCUGGAGAUGGAUGACCGGAGCCACUACACAUGUGAAGUCACUUGGCAGACCCCUAAUGGUAACCAAGUGGUGAAAGAUAAGAUCAUUGAGCUCCGCGUCCAGAAAGUCUCUGUUUCCAAGCCCACAGUGACGACUGGCAGUGGCUAUGGCUUCACAGUACCCCAGGGAAUGAGGAUUAGUCUUCAAUGCCAGGCUUGGGGUUCUCCUCCCAUCAGUUAUGUUUGGUAUAAGGAACAGACUGUCACUCAAGAACCCAUCAAAGUAGUAGGCUCGAGUACCUUACUCUUCAAGCAUGCUGUGGUGGCUGACUCCGGCUCCUAUUUCUGUACUGCCAAGGGCCGGGUAGGAUCUGAGCAGCGCAGUGACAUUGUGAAGUUUGUGGUCAAAGACUCUUCCAAGUCACUCAAGACUAAUACUGAGACAACUACAACCAUGCAAUCUCCCUUGAAAGCAACAUCUACAGUGACCUCAUUUUGGAAGUGGACCACUGAAGUGGAUGGCUACUCUGGGGACACCAGUGCUGAAACAGGAAAGGGCCUACCUACCUUUUCCAUCAUUCUCAUCAUUUCCCUGUGCUGUAUGAUGGUCUCCAUCCUGGCUUAUGUCAUGCUCUGCUGGAAGACAUCCCAACAAGAACAUGUCUGUGAAGUGGCCAGGGCACAUUCCAGGGAGGACAGCAAUUCUGGUGAAACCUGGAGAGUGGCUAUUUUCACAAGUGACUGCUCCAGUGAAGAGUCAUCUUCCCAGACUCCGGGCAUUGACUACUCUGACGAUCCCUGCUUGGGCCAGGAGCACCAGAUCAUCGCCCAGAUCAAUGGUGACUAUUCUCACCUGCUGCACACAGUUCCUCCAGAUUAUGAGCUUUUGACUACCAAAGACAAAAGCACCUGGUAGGCCAUGGUCUGCUGACAUAAUUGCCUAUUCAGCCCCUGAAUUCUGCACAGCCAUCUUCCCUGCUACUUCCAUUCCUGGAUAGCCCAACGGGUCUUUCAUCACUGAAGUUCUAAGAGUGACUGGCUUUGCCCAAGAAGUUAUACGCACUUCAAGCAAGCCUGCUGCUGGGUCAUGUCUUAGACCCUUCUAUUAUCCCUUCUGCUUCUUCUCUUCAAACACCAGAGGGAAGUUCCGAUAGCACUGAGAUGUGGUCAUCAUGCUUCCAGACACCACACAGCUUUGGUCUCUUGCCACCAGAAGACCAGAGGGAAAUGCAGCUUUGCCUGCUCAGGGGACCAGUUGUGUCCAGGAUCACUUCCCUUUCUUCAGGGUCAGAUACCUUUUUGUGUAACAAGCUAGGGUUAAGUUUUGCUCCUGAGCUGUGAGUCUAGUGCUCUGGUAUUCUUUUGGUGCUCAAUAAAAAUCAAAUCAUGAUAGCAACCUUGGUUAUAUU